CUCCGUCCAACCAUUGGCGAUACAGUAGAGCAGCGGGCAGCCCGUCGCACGGCGAGAGUGACAAUGGCAGUGGCCUGCCCUCUCCUCCCAUCGCCUCUUCUCCCUCACCCUGCUCCCCUGUGCCGAUGGAUCACCUCCCCAACUGCGGUUGGACCGCAGCGGCGUCGCAGAGCCUCGCCCACGCUCAUCGCUCGCUUCGCCCUCCUCCCCGACCCGCCGUUUCUCCUCGACGUUUCCUCAGCGGCCGGCAACGUCGGCUAUUCCCAGGCCAGCUACUACACCUCUCUGGGUCUUUUCGUCAUCUCCGUGCCUGGCCUCUGGUCCCUCAUCAAACGCUCCGUCAAAUCCAAGAUAGUUCAAAAGACGCUUGUUAGGGAAGACGGAGCGGCGGUGACGCCGAAUCAGGUGGCGGGAGAAAUCCUAUCAUUUUUCACUCGCAACAACUUUGCCGUCUCCGAUCGCGGCGAGACCAUCACGUUUGAAGGCAUGAUGGCGCCAAGCAGAGGGCAAGCAGCACUAUUGACCUGCUGCACCUGCAUCAGUCUGGCUAGUGUUGGCCUUGUUCUAUCAAUUGCAAUCCCCGAAGGAGGCAAUAACUGGUUUUGGGUGACCGUCUUAAGCCCACUCGCGGGACUAUAUUACUGGAAACGGGCAUCACGCAAGGAAGAGAUCAAAGUCAAGAUGAUAGUUGGUAAUGAUGGAAAUAUCUCAGAAAUCAUUGUUCGCGGUGAUGACCAACAAGUAGAGCAAAUGAGGAAAGAGCUUCGCCUAAGCGAGAAAGGAAUGAUUUAUGUUAAAGGCAUUUUUGAGAGGUCCUAACAUCAUCUUUGAGUAUGUAAGCAGGUGAUGAAGGUAGAAAUACUUUUUUUACACAGUUUUGUAAGAUGAUCAUUGCGACAAUGGUGCCAUCUUCAGGACCAAUACAAGUCAAUAAAUUGACAUUGCUUUGUACUCUUGGUCUGAUCAGGUUCCAUAUCCGAUCAAAUAAUUUUCAUCAACUCUCUUGACUCGGAAAUGUUUGGCCUGAAAGGAUGUAAUUCAUUUGCCGCUUAUAAAGAUCUGGGUUGAGUUUACUUA